UAACCUUCUUGGUUCAGAUAAUAAGCAGAUGAUAAUUAGUGUAAUCUGGUGGUGUAGCGCACGGUUGAAGCAAACGCUGGCAGACACUGUGGCCCGCAGGACGUGGAGUUGAGUAGCGCUGGCCUAGUGGCUAAGGUUCAUAACUGGGACCCAGAAGGUUGGUGUAGCCUCGAUAAGAUCCGCACAGCUGUUGGGCUCUUGAGCAAGGCCCUUAACCCCACAUUGCUCCAGGGGGGGAUUGUCCUCUGCUCAGUCUAAUCUGCUGUAAAUCGCUUUGGAUAAAAGCAUCAGCUAAAUAACUCAUUAUAAUUAUUAUACACACUGAAUGCGACUGCCCUAACCUCCAACAACCCCCCCCCCCCCCACCCCCGGACAUUUUAUAUCUCUCUCCCCAGCAUGGGGCAGACGUAGACCACCCGGACUCCUGGGGUGUCACGCCCAUGUACAUGGCAGCCUGCAGCGGGCAGAUUGAGUGCAUCCACCUCCUGGUGCAGGCGGGCGCCAAGAUCAACUACAAGAACAAGUCGGGGGAAGCCCCGAAGCAGCUGUCGUCCCGGACGGCAUUGUUAGCCUGGCUGGAGGGGUUGGUACGUGAGCCGCACUCCCUGAAGCACCACUGCCGGCACGCCAUCCGCCACGCCCUGGGCCCCACCCGCAUCCCUGCCCUCCUCUCCCUCCACCUCCCGCUCUCUCUCCGGGCCUACCUGACCUUCCAGGACCUGUGCAUCCCGGACACCGGAGAUCGCCCGACCUCGGAGCUGAGUGGCCUGGCUGUCACCUGAGCGACCAAGGGUCAUUCUGGGUACUGGUGACCCUCCCCAAUUUGGGGCAACCACUCGCUGUGGCUGAAAACGCUCGACUGAUUGUGAUGCCUUGGCGCCACUUGUUGACGCCGUAUUUGUUUCUUCCGCAGUCAUUAGAAAGGGAUGCAGCAGACCCGUGUCCAGGGUGUCGCAUAGGGAUAAAAGGGUGACGUUCCUGACUUCACGCUCUCUCUUAUCCCCCUCUGCUGACAGCCUUUUGGGGCCCUAUGGCUUUUUCAUAGUUUUUCAAGGGUUUCAGUUGGUCCGUUUGGUCACACAUUUAUUCACACUCCACGUGCAUAAACACAUUCACGCACUUCUCCCAUUCAUGCAAUCACCUUGCGUCCAAUCACCAUUGUGCCGUGUUCAUAUUUUUCAUUUAAAUAAUGAAUUUAUUUAAGUGGCACAUGAGGAGAUUCCUUAGAAGGUUCUGAUGCAACAAAUUGCUGAUUCUUCAUUCUUAUCGGAAAUAGUGGACAUAGACAAGUUGAAAGUGCGUAACUUACUGGGAAAGAGACAUUUUUACUUGCAUUGUCUGUUUAUUUUGAUUGGAUCUUUCACUGUGUUUGCCUUUGAAACUGCACAGACAAUAGACAGCGUGAAUGGUAGCUUUUGUAAUCGCACGCACAGGGAAUGAAUCACGCCCCCCGUUUUUAGAUAUAGUGAUGACAGACGGUGUAUCUUUCAGAAAGACCAGGAUCACCAGGAUGACCAGGAUGGCCACACGUCCUGUGUCAGAGCGCGCCCAUCUUCGCGUGAGCGGAGGGUGAUACCGGCUCCUCGUCUGUGUAAAACAGUAACCAUGUCAUAUGCGGUGGAAAGCAGGCUCCGGCUCCAGAGUCUAAUGAAGACUCGAGGGGAGCCCCCAAUCCCUCGUCCCCGAUUGUUUGUCUCACGAUUCGCAUCGAGGAAAAACAACACACCCAGCCUUUUAAGAUGGUGGGAACCUUACGAACAUAACUUGCAACUCGUUUAAGACAAUCUGGGUCACCAGAUAGCACCAGAGCUAUUCUUGAUACCAAAGCAUAUGUUGUCAUUGUUUAUAGUAGCUUCCAUCUUGUAGGACAGUGAAGUUCUUGGAAA